AUGCUGAAAACAUUUUCUGACGACAAUAAACGACUAGAGGUUUUUCGACAGGCCCAAAUCACCAAUGUGAGGGAGGAACUAGAAACCUAUCGGAAGCAAUUAGAUUCUGCAAUGGUCCUAAAGUCCGAUUUCUACAAACUGUCCACGGCGUUCGACAGUUUCAUUUCUACUAGUGCUCAAGUACAGAAUGAAGAGAAGAUCCUUGAAAGCUUGAGGUAUCCACAGAUGAAAGAGCGACCCGAAACGGCCGUAGCAGGCAAACCGGGAUCCGGAAAGUCCACAUUGAUGAAAUUUAUAUGCGACCACCCCAAUACGAAGGCCGCGUUAGAAAAAUGGUCCACUGGCAAAAACUUGACGACAGUUUCAUUCUUUUUCUGGAAUUACGGUACAUCGAAACAGAAGUCCCUAGAGGGUUUGUUGCAGACCUUGCUCUACGAGAUCCUGAAGAGAUUUCCGGACGCCAUAUCGCCCACAUUACCGCUGCGGUGGAAGAGUAGGGUGCAAGACCUCUGGACCCAAUCUGAGCUCCUCCAGACUUUUCUCGACCUCAAAGGAAAUCUGAACUCGUCCACAUGCUGCUGUUUCUUUAUCGAUGGACUGGACGAGUAUACUGGCAACCCCGAAGAAGUAGUUGACGUUCUCAAUGUACUCUCCUCGAUGGAGAACAUCAAAAUAUGUGUUGCCAGUCGCCCAUGGCCAAUUUUUCAGAAGUCGUUCGGUUGCAACGAAACCCGCAGGCUUUAUGUGCAAAAUCUGACCAAGACUGACAUCGCACUGUACGUCCAAGAUCGACUUGCAGCAAAUCCGACAUUCGCAGAGGCUAGCCAAGGGGACUCUCGUUACGCUGGUCUAGUCGCUGAGAUCGUGAGUGCAUCUCAGGGUGUUUUCCUUUGGGUUUUCCUGGUCAUCCGAUCACUUUUGGAAGGAAUAACCAACGAGGACACACUACGUACUUUGGAAAAGAGACUUCGAAAAAUUCCCAAGGAUUUGAAUCAUUUCUUCAAACAUAUUCUGAAUGGCAUCGAUGAGGUCUACCAGAUGGCCCGCACGAUUAUGGUCAGUCUUCUGGAUCGGAAACCUCAUUUCCUCCUCAUCUACUGGUUUAUCGAUGAGCUUGAAGAGAACCCAGACUACGUGCUUGAGAUGCCCGCACGUAAAGCAACGGGAAGAACCAUAAUGAAAAUUGAGUCGAAAAUGGAAAGACGGCUCGCCGCACGUACGAAAGGACUGUUGGAGGUGCAGAAAGGACGACAAAGCACCUACAAUAUUCACAAGGUCACAUUCCUGCAUCGUACCGUGGCAGACUUCCUGAGCAAUUACAAUGCGCGAGGAUCAUUAGACCGUUUGGCUGGCCCCUCAUUCCAACCUGAGACGUCAAUAUGUCAUGCGAUAGUGGGCCUUGUGGACCUGGUACCCGACGCUUGCAUCUCCAGCACAACUCGUCAGGACUUGUUUAACGAGUUGCGUCAUUAUGCGUAUCACGCCAAGCUGGAUCUAGACUCGCCAUUGUUGGCAUUGCUGCAUCGGCGCGAAACGGCUGUAAAUACAAGGGAAAGGUCCGAGUCACCCCCCGAGCAAAUACUGCUUCGUGCUGUUCGGCUGUAG